UGGAGUUUAAACUUUGCCACAAAGGAAAUCCAAACACUGACAUGAAAACUUAAGAUACACAAUUUGGGAGAAAUAAAUCUGUUUCUAAAGAAGGAAAGCCAAUUAAGGAAUUUGUAAGCCCACCUUGAAUGUCUGAGAGAACCAUCUUCAAUAAAAAUGUCUAUUAGCCACCAGCUUACAGAUUUUGACAGCAUGGAACUUUUAGACCUUUUGUUUGAUCAACAAGAUGGAAUUCUCCGGAAUGAGAGAUUUGUUGAAGACCCAUUGGAUUGUGUGGAAAGUUGGGCAGCAGUGGAGCAGAAUGGUGUGGCUGAGCAAGAAAAUGAGAAUUUUAUCAACUCCAUCUUGAGAUCUGUCUCAGGAGACUCUGUACCAAACUCUCCACUGUACUCCCCUUCAUACAGUGACAGUGGCAUCUCUGAAGACCCCCAUUCGGACCAUACAGAUAGCCCAUCACACCAUAUGUUGUCACAAAGCCCAGGUUCCUGUGAGACCUUGAAGAUGAAAUAUCAGUAUCAGAGUGUUCCUUUUCCAAGACCACUGCAAAGCAGCAACCAUGAAGGAAACAUUGCUAUCGACUUUGGUGACACUAACUGGACAUCAGGAUUUUAUGCAAACGACAACAAUGGUGAUGGAAAUGCAUCCAAAGAUAUCAACACCUGUGCACUGACAGUGAAAGACUUGCUACUUUCCAACAGCAAUGAAAUGACUCAGCAGUGUCAGCAAACACAGCAUUUCCAAGAACUGAUCUUAACAGAAGAUGAAAAGAAAUUGUUGGCCAAGGAGGGAGUCAGUCUCCCAAGUCAGCUACCUCUCACCAAAUAUGAAGAGCGCAUUCUGAAGAAAAUCAGACGUAAGAUCCGGAACAAGCAGUCAGCACAGGAAAGUCGAAAGAAGAAGAAAGAAUAUAUUGAUGGAUUAGAGACCAGGAUGGCAGCUUGCAAUGCCCAUAAUCAGGAAUUACAGAGAAAAGUGGUUCAACUGGAAAAACAAAACCUAAGCCUCAUUGAACAGUUAAGAAAGCUCCAGGCCCUUGUCAUGCAAUCAACAGGCAAAGUUGCCCAGACAGGAACCUGCAUUAUGGUUCUCCUUCUGUCGCUGGGACUUAUCAUCCUUCCAAGCAUCAAUCCUUUCUCUCAAGAUAAGAAGGCCACACGGGACGAUGACUAUGCUCCACUAAGAGUGUUUUCAAGGUCUCUCCAUAAUGAUGGAUCGUCUCGGAUUUUCCAUGCUAUAGCCAGCUCACGUAGCAAAGGUCCUGAGUACAACGCUGAGGAUAACAAUAAGCCUGCAGAAAUAAGUGAAUAUUCAGGAGAGGAGAAUACCAAAACUGUGACAACUCUUGAGAGACUUCUAAAAGAUCAUCUGUCCUCGGUAACCAUGAGCAGAAAUGUGCUUAGUAACUGUACCGAGGUGUCCAUUAGGGAAGAGGUCACUGCUGAUAUCCAGGCAGACUUGGAAAGUCUCCACCAUGAUGACCCUAUUGUAGGCCGGAGGGUAGCAUCCCUGACCUGGACCAAUUACCACACAACUAAAGAGAUAGUCCUAGAUCACAGUGAUGAUAUGUGAGGCUUUACCAUAAAUAAUUCCUUAGACUUUCGCUUCUAUUUUUUUUCUAUUUUUGAUAGCUGAGGAUACUAAACUUUGUUUUUUGACUCGUGGAAAUAAACACACAGACCGAGCAUUUAUUUGGCAGAGUCCAGUAGA